CUGAUUUCUAGCUAGCUUCCCACGUGUGGAAUAAUGGAACAUACCUUCUUGUGAUAUAUAUUCUGCACAUUAACCAUUUAUGAUUUAAAAAAUGUGUUAAAUCUCUUUGUAUACGUCAUUACUAGUUAUUAUGCUCAAAAUUCCCUCCAAGAAUAAAUUUAAUUGUCAAUACAAGAAAAAUUAAUAAUUUUUUGGUAUAAUUUAGAGAUCAUUACAAAUUACUUGCACAUUCAUUAAUCAUAAGAUUAAGCCACAUGAUUUCUAAAUUGUCAAACUUGUUGUUGGAGGAAAUCAUCCACAUGAUUAAUCGUAUCAUAUGUACUUUAAGGCAUUUUUAAGUAAUAAGGAAUUAAUGCGUAAACUUUGUAUAUCAUCAAGAUGAGGGGCAUUAAACCAAAAUUAUAUGUUGAAACAACCUCCAUAUAUUGCAUUUAAAUAGGUGAUUUACAUGUGUUUCAAUUCGCAUCCGCAGGUGGGUUAACUUGUAAAGUUCAUCAUCAUCGUUACUCCGGUGCCGCAAAGGCUCCCACCUUCGGUGGUUGAGUCCGUAAGGGGGAGUCGGAUGUAAGCAGUCAUAUAUACCCUUGUACUACAACACAAAGAAACUAUUUCUAGGUGACCCUUGUAUGGAGGUUUAACUAAGUUGUGUAAAGAAACUUAAUUUCUCAACAAUUCUGAAAUUUCCCAUCGAAACCUACAGUAUGUCGUGUGUCACAUGAUUUGACUCGGAAGGGAACAAUUUGAGGCAGACGAUUCCCUUUUUAUAGAGAUAAAGAUGAUUCAGCUAUUUGGAGGUCUACGUAAGUGUAUCUCCCAAGGGAUCAUAAGCCUCCAGCCAAAGCUCCGUCCUGGAAUUUUCUCAUCUUGGUGGGUCAUUCCAUCCCUCACUCCUAUUCCCCGUAGAAAAACGUUUACAGAGAACCUUGGUAAUGUCUUGCAAAGUGAUGCGGAAGAUGUAGACCCAACAAGAAUCAUUGGUGAAGUGAUGGAGCUGGUGUCCGAUCUAAAGAGGAAGAACUUUGUGCCAAGGAUGGAAGAGGAGGAUUCGUGGAAGAAAAUGGUGGUGUUCGUGAAUGGAAUUCCGGAUUCGUUAACACCGAUGCUGGAAGCAAUUCAUGAUAGAGUUGUUGUAUCUAACUUGAUUGAGAUUAAAUGUUUUUAUGCUGAUAUGGUGAUGCGACGUUCCAUAGAGAUUACACGCAGGCUUAAAUGGAUCUAUUCCUUGCCUUAUGUAGUAAUAGAGAUUGUCGUGGACAAUUGCCCCACAACAAGUAUGGUAGCUCUGAACCUGCUGCUGUGGUCAAGAUUGAUGAUGAAGUGAGGUUCAAUGCCAUCCCUGGGAGACCAAAGUGGAAGAAACUUCCAAUCAAUGGCGCUGGUGGAGGAGCAGAAAUCAAAGUGCAAGUCAAGUUUAUUUAUUAUUAUACCUACAAGAUCAUCAAAUUAUUCGGUGACAUGUGCUUACUAUCAAUUAAUGUUCUUAUUAUACUCUAUGUUUUAGAACUAGUUUUUGAUUAAUAUUGUUUUUUUAGAGAAUGUUUGAUUAAUAUUGUCAGGGCCGCCUGGCCGGUCCUUUUGUGUUUUGGGCCUAUGGGCGAUAUACUAUUUUGGCCUUAUUUCCAAGACAAACCGUAAAU